AUGGCAACUUGGGCUGACAUUCAAAGACUAGCUGCUGAUCUUCAACGGGUUCAGUCGGCUGAUUCUGAAAAGAAGUAAGUGCACAUUUAUUAUCAGUUGCUACGAUUAUUAUAUAAGUCAUCUUGGCAAGGUAAUAUCACCGAAUGCAGCAGCAUAAGGUUGAUGUCGGACAUAACAAAAGCUUGGUGGCAAAGACAAUGUUGAAACAACAAAUAUUGUACUCAAAAAAUGUUUCAGACUGUCCGAAGCAAACUGCAUUGAAGUAAUCACCAGAUUGAUCAACAAUGCUGCUAUUGAUAUUGUAGUAGCGACUAAUGGCAAGGAAUAUGUCACCAAGAAGCAUUUGGUGACAGAAAUUCAAAACGAAUGUGUUGCCAAUGGGGGUCGAGUCUCUGUCGGUGACUUGGGAGCUUUCCUGAAUGUCAAUCUUGAACACAUUGAAGCAGGUAUUACAACUCUGGUCAGUCAGUCAGAUGACUUUAUUUUAUGUGCUGGAGAACUGUUAUCACGGUGAGUUUACAGGAGCUGGUUAUUUUAUGAUGAAAUAGGGCAAAAGUAAUGGGGAAGGAGUUUCAAAAGGUAUUAUAAAAUACAUUUGUUUAAUAUUCAGAGAGUUUAUCAACGAUGUUUGCAAGCAACUGAAUGACAAGUUGAAGGAAACUGGCCAGACAUCUAUGGCCGAGCUGACCAAGACCUGGGAUCUCCCAACUGAUGUCUUCAAUCAUUAUAUUCUGUCAGAGUUGGGCUCUAAGAUUGAUGCCAAGAAAGUAGAAGAUCAGCUGUAUACUACAACAUUCCUGAAGCUACAGACUAACAAACUUAGGGCUUGCUUGGCUGCCUUGAGCAAGUAAGCAUUUUUUUAAAUUAUGUAUACUUUUACUUGUUACAUUCAAUUAAUUGGGCAUAUUUUUAGUUGUUUACCUAACAGCACGGUAAGUUUUAUAAGUAAUCAUUUUCAGGCCUACUAUAAUAUCCUCAAUCUUCGCGGCAUUCGCAACUCCAGAAUCCUUGUUCUUCAACAUUUGGAAUGGUCUCAUAAGUGAUGGAAAGCUAAAUGGUCACGUUGUUGGAGCCAAGAACAACUUGAAGGCGUACUACGUUCCUAGGAUGCAUGAAGUGUUGGUCAAGUCGUAUAUUAAGAAGACUUUUGGAGCUGACCAGUUUAUUGGUAAGGAAUUCUUUUUAUUGUGUCAAUACAAGAAUUGAGCAGCAUUUUUUGAUUUCAUACUUUUUGUGCUAAUAAGACUAUUUCUAGGUACUACUUUGCUGAAGAAACUGUCAGUUAACGACCAAAAACCCUACUUCAAAGAUCUGCUUCCAAAGAAGACUUUUGAGGCUUGUCUCUUCUUGGAAUCUGGAGUUGUGAACCAAAGUUUGUGGUCGGAGACGGUAAACAGCAUUAACGGUGAGUACAUUAUGUAACUGAAUUAAUAUCUACAUAAAUUGCAAGAAGAUCACACGAAUUGUUAUUAAAAGAAGACAAUCUUAUAAUAAUGUAACUCCUUUUAGAGGAACUCUCGGCCAAACUUUACGUUAACGUGGAAGAAUCCCUCACAUCCGUCCUGUCAGAUCUGUCGGAAAAAGAUCUCGACCAGCUUCAUGCAUCUGUCAAGAAAAGUAAUGGUAAUGUGAAGGCCGUUACUACGGAAGGCUACAUUUUGUACGAUGACAAGCUGACUACACAGUGUCUAGAAAAGGUUCUACCGGCAGUUGUGGCUAAAGCAAAAGAAGAUGCUCCAUCUUUGGUUGACAAGAUCAAAGAGUUUAAGGCUACACAACAGAGUACGCAGAAGAAGAAUGACGACGAUGACGUGGGUUAUUAAAUUACUUUUAUAGAUUUUGUGCAAUAUAUUACUGUUUGUAUUGGUUUAGGACUGGGGAGCUGGCAACAAAAAGAAGGGAAAAGGAGGAAAGAAACAGCCGGCUGGCAAAGGUAAAGCAACGCAAGCUAAGGAUAGUAAUGGUAAGUAAAAGAGAUUGAGCAGCGAAAAAUAGUUAAGCAGUACGGCAGUGAGGAGGGACAGUCUUUAGCAGCUGAUUAAGUUUGGUCAGAUGCUGCCAAGUCGAUGAUUAACUUUUUCAGAUUAUUGGUCAGUAGUAACGUUAGACAAAGACGAACUUAAGCGUAGCGUUGAGGAGACAGGACUUCCUCAAUCACUCAUCGAUGAAUUAUUUGAUGAAAUCUUACUUCAGUCAAACAACAAGUACAAGGAAGAAGUCGAGUCAGCAUUGGCGAGUGCUGAGAGCAGUGAGACUAAAGACAUGAAGAAGUUGAUCGAAGACAGAACGGCCAAGGCACAGAACGUCUACAAUCAACUGGUGCUGUUUGAGCAGAGCUUGGAAGGACUGUCUGGUACGUUCAAGUCGUAAUGUAAAACGUUUCUUUGUAAAUUUGUACAGAAAAUAGAAGUUUAUGCAUCUUGUGUAUAUGUAAGUAUUGUGUUGUUUUAGAAAGCCUUGCGUUGGACCUAAAAUCAUAUCUAACAAAGUCAUUGUGCGUUGAGAUUUCUCAAUUGGUACUUUCAACCUUAACUGAAGCUCCCCCAACUCCAAUAUUGACUAACAAAGUCAGAGACGAGUUCAUCAAAUCCAUAUCAGACAAUCAGGCGAAAGAUCUGAUGACAGAGUUGUAUACAAAUACAACGGAUCUAGAGAAGUUCCAUGACACUGUCAAAGAUCUUCAGAGAAUAUCAGUCAUGAUGAGAUUCCCCGAUAAGAAAACAAAGUGAGAUACUCUAAUCAUUUAUAUUACAAUAUUAUAGUAGUACUAACAGCUAGAAUCAUACUUGUUAGAGUAAUGUAAAGUUAUAAUUGAAGCUCAUUUUAUGUGUAUUUUUAGGACCGAAACAUUCGAUAACUACAAGCAACUUUUGAAGCAGAAAGUAACUGACGAGUCUGAUCCCCCAACCUUCUUGCUAACAGCUCUACUAUACCUUUAUGCCUUCAAAAAGGACAUUGCAGUAACAUGUACUGGAAAGUACGUUGGCGCGUUGAUCAAGGGGCUUAAUUCUACUCCUGGAAGCAUACCAGAUCCUGUAGUGGCUGAAAUACAAGAUACACAGAAGUUGGUUGUAGAUUCUUUGAAGAAGGAAAACCAUUCCAACCAAGAAUUGGCACAAAAGUUGUCGGACCAAAUUGCUGAUUUGAAGACUAAAGUACUAUCACUUUGA